AUGUGGCCGAUAACUUGGGCAAACAAACGUUCGAAGGAAAUCGACCACGACUUGACAAGUGUGGGCAAGUUGGCAAGUCAAGCAAGGCACAACUCGAUGUGCGGGCGUGCUAAUGACCGUGUGGGCAAAGAACUGACGAUUACUGGAUAUGGAGUGGCGAAAAUCGUGGAUUCUUCUAAUCCCGAUUUCAAGAAAGGCGACUUGAUUUGGGGCUUAACAGGCUGGGAGGAGUACAGCCUUAUUAAAUCAACACAGGGUUUAUUCAAAAUUCAGAAUGCAGAUCUGCCUCUCUCUUACUACACCGGAAUUCUCGGUAUGCCUGGUCAUACUGCUUAUAUUGGUUUUUAUGAGAUUUGUUCUCCGGAAAAGGGAGAAUAUGUGUUCGUUUCUGCUGCAUCGGGAGCCGUCGGCCAACUCGUUGGCCAAUUUGCCAAGUUGUUGGGGUGUUAUGUUGUCGGCAGUGCCGGAAGCAAAGAUAAGGUGGAUCUUUUGAAGAAUAAAUUUGGGUUUGAUGAUGCAUUGAACUACAAAGAAGAACGUAAUUUAGAUGCAGCUUUAAAGAGGUAUUUCCCCAAUGGCAUUGAUAUUUACUUAGAGAACGUGGGAGGAAGGAUGCUCGACGCGGUGCUCCUCAACAUGAGAGUCAACGGCCGCAUUGCCGUUUGUGGAAUGAUAUCACAGUACAACCUUGAACAUCCAGACGAAGGUACUCGAAACUUGUUGUGCCUUGUAACGAAGCGAAUACGCAUGGAGGGAUUCUUGGUUUUCGAUUACUACAAUCUCUAUCCAAAAUUCUUGGAGAUGGUGGUCGUCCCGCUCGUUAAACAAGGGAAAAUAACGUACGUUGAGGAUGUAGCCAAAGGCCUUGAGAAUGCACCAAAUGCUCUCGUAGGGCUCUUCUCCGGCUGCAAUGUCGGGAAGCAAGUUGUGGUUGUGGCUAGUGAGUAGCUU